AUGAGACUCAUCAAUAAUAGCGGCAUAAAAUUUCAGGUUUCUGAAGACGACGUAGCCGUCGUUGUUGCCGCCGCCAUACGAGGCUUUACCGACGUGGGCAUUGUCCUCCAUCCAGAGACCCUCUCCCGAUCCGGCCACAAGCUUUUCCUCAUCUUUCCGUCGUCUGCGCCCCCGCGGCCUCUACUUCACACCUGUGCCAAAUCCUGGACACAUCUCCCGCGGCAUUACGCCGAGGCAUUCGCCACCGCAAAGGAUCCCAAAAAGUACGAUUGGGUCAGCUUCGAUAUCGACACCAUCUACCUGGCCCAGCACGACCUGAAAAAUCUCAAUGCUGAAUGGCCGACGGUCCGCAAGCUCAUUAUUCUUGCCAUAGAUUCCGGGCUGUUCUUCCAUACCUAA